AUCGAGGGAGCAGUAUCUCGCGACGAGACGCCAUUCCGAAGAGCGGCCAAAGAAACUCUCCUCAAAGCUCAGUAGUCAAAUAAUUAGAUCAAUAAAAAAUCGACCGCUCCGCUCCGACAAGAGACUCGCCGAGGGACAGUUCUUUUCGACGAUUUUACAAAAUGGUCAGACUGUGCUUUUUGGUAUUAGCGAUAGCAUCGACGGCAUACGCGGUGAUAUCCUGCCCGAAGAAGGAUGGACAGUACGAGGAUCCCAUUCAGUGUGACAAAUACUACGAAUGCCGGGAUGGCCAAGCUGUGGAGAAGCUUUGUCCCGACGGUCUCGUGUUCGAUCCUUUGAACCGCAAGAUAAACAAGUGCGAUCACAUAUUCAACGUCGAAUGCGGUGACCGUGAGGAAUUGCAGCCGCCUCAGCCGACUGCCAAAUGUCCGAGACGCAACGGAUUCUUCGCCCACCCGGACCCUUCGGUGUGCAACGUUUUUUACAACUGCAUCGACGGCACCGCCGUUGAAAACACGUGCACGACUGGUCUCCACUUUGACGAGUACUCUGGCACUUGUGUUUGGCCGGAAAGCGCGGGCCGUCAGGGUUGUGGCGUCGUUGGAAAGAAGUUGGAAGACGGUUUCGAGUGCCCGAAAGACCGUCAGACCGACACGAGAGGAUUGGUCGACCACCCGAAGUACGCGCACCCCGAAGACUGUCAGAAGUUUUACGUCUGCCUGAACGGCGUUACUCCCAGGGAACAAGGCUGCAGCGAAGGCACGGUUUACAACGAAGAGGUUCAGCGGUGCGACGCUCCUGAAAACGUUCCCGGAUGCGAGGAUUGGUACAAGGAUGACGACAAGAAGCCCUGAACGCAGCGUCGCAAAUCACCUGUCCCGCAUCGGGACGCUCAGCACACAUUGUCUCCGUACUUUCGUAUACUUCGUGUUGUGUAAUUUCGAUUUAAUAUUUAGCCAGGUAAUUAAAUUUUAUAAUAAAUUAGGCGUUGUAAUAAAAAAAUGAAAAUUGUA